ACUCAAACACACACCUCUUCCUCCCAUCUUAUUUAAACCACUCUUCUCUCUUCUCUUCUUCCUCAGGAGCAAAAAUUCCACCAGCAAAUUCGAAAUCUCCCCAUCCAACAAACCCUAGAUCUCUCUCUCUCUCCCCGAGCUUUGAAUUUAGCAUCAAUGGAGGUCGUGGCAUCGCAGAUCAACGGACACCAGAACAACGGCUACGCCAUCAACGGCGGAGGUCUCGAGAAGCUCUGCGAAACUCCGGCGACGGCGGAUCCUUUGAACUGGGGAGCGGCGGCGGAGCAGAUGAAGGGCAGCCAUUUGGAGGAGGUGAAGAGGAUGGUGGAGGAGUACCGGAGGCCGGUAGUGAGGCUCGGCGGAGAGACGCUGACGAUCGGUCAGGUCGCGGCGAUCUCCGCCGCCGGGAACGGCGUGAGGGUGGAGCUGUCGGAGGACGCGAGGGAAGGCGUGAAGGCGAGCAGCGAUUGGGUGAUGGAAAGCAUGAACAAAGGUACUGACAGUUAUGGCGUCACCACUGGCUUCGGCGCUACUUCUCAUCGGAGGACCAAAAAUGGCGUCGCCCUCCAAAAGGAGCUCAUCAGAUUCCUGAACGCCGGAAUAUUCGGAUCCGCGACGGAGAAGAGCCACACACUCCCUAAGUCCGCCACGAGAGCCGCCAUGCUUGUACGGAUCAAUACUCUCCUUCAAGGAUACUCAGGAAUCCGAUUCGAGAUCCUCGAAGCCAUUACCAGUCUCCUCAACACCAACAUCGCUCCUUGUCUCCCUCUCCGCGGCACCAUCACCGCCUCCGGCGAUCUGGUCCCUCUCUCCUAUAUCGCCGGUCUACUCACCGGCCGACCGAAUUCCAGAGCCACUGGUCCCAACGGCGAAACCCUAACCGCGGAGGAGGCCUUUAAAUCCGCCGGAAUCACCUCCGGUUUCUUCGAUCUCCAGCCGAAGGAAGGUCUCGCGCUCGUCAAUGGCACUGCCGUCGGAUCUGGCUUGGCGUCGAUGGUGUUGUUCGAAGCGAAUACUUUAGCCGUUCUGGCGGAGGUUUUGUCGGCGAUCUUCGCCGAGGUGAUGACCGGAAAACCAGAAUUCACCGAUCACCUGACGCAUAAGCUGAAGCAUCAUCCUGGUCAGAUCGAAGCGGCGGCGAUCAUGGAGCAUAUUCUCGACGGGAGCUCGUACAUGAAGCUUGCCCAGAAGAUUCACGAGAUGGAUCCAUUGCAGAAGCCGAAACAGGACCGUUACGCUCUCCGUACGUCUCCUCAAUGGCUCGGACCUCAGAUCGAGGUGAUUCGUCAGGCGACGAAAUCGAUCGAGCGAGAGAUCAACUCCGUCAACGACAAUCCAUUGAUCGAUGUCUCGAGGAACAAGGCUCUCCACGGAGGAAACUUCCAGGGAACACCCAUCGGAGUUUCCAUGGACAACACACGUCUCGCCAUUGCUGCAAUCGGGAAGCUCAUGUUCGCGCAAUUCUCCGAGCUCGUCAACGACUUCUACAAUAACGGACUCCCAUCAAAUCUCACCGCCGGGAGAAACCCUAGCUUGGAUUACGGAUUCAAAGGCGCGGAAAUCGCCAUGGCUUCAUACUGCUCCGAGCUUCAAUACCUGGCGAACCCAGUGACCAGCCAUGUCCAAUCCGCAGAGCAACACAACCAAGACGUGAACUCUCUCGGACUGAUCUCAUCCCGGAAAACCGCGGAAGCCAUGGAGAUCCUGAAGCUAAUGUCCACAACAUUCCUCGUCGCCUUAUGCCAAGCUGUGGAUUUGAGGCACUUGGAAGAGAAUCUGAAGCAAACCGUAAAGAACACGGUAUCUCAAGUGGCCAAGAAGGUGUUAACCACCGGGAUCAACGGCGAACUCCAUCCAUCCCGAUUCUGCGAGAAGGAUCUACUCAAGCUCGUGGAUAGAGAACACGUCUUCUCCUACGCCGACGAUCCCUGCAACUCGACAUACCCUCUGAUCCAAAAACUCCGACACAUCCUUGUCGAUCACGCAUUAUCCAACGGCGAGAACGAGCAAAACUCGGCGACUUCUAUCUUCCACAAGAUCGGAGCUUUCGAGGAAGAGCUGAAAAGGGUAUUGCCGAAGGAGGUGGAUGCCAUUAGAGCAGCGUACGAGAACGGGAAGACGAUGAUGAUUCCGAACAGGAUCAAGGAAUGCAGAUCGUAUCCGUUGUAUAGAUUCGCUAGGGAAGAGCUGGGGACUGAGUUGCUCACCGGAGAGAAAGUCCGGUCGCCCGGAGAAGAAUUCGACAAGGUUUUCACUGCGAUUUGUGAAGGGAAGAUCAUCGAUCCGAUGAUGGAAUGUCUCAAGGAAUGGAACGGAGCUCCAAUUCCUAUUUGAAGAUUUCUUGUGUGUUUUUUAAGGUUUGUUUUUUUUUUCCGUUGAUUGUUCUUUAUAACUGAACAACUCUUUUUGUGAUGAUAUGUAUAAUUGUGUGUAAUGGUUAGUAUUUAAGGUUGGAAAAGUAAGUUUUCUUGUUUUAAAUGUGAAAAAUAUGAUCUUUGCUAAUGUGAUCAUGUUUUGAAGGGAAAUUUCUCAA